AACAUGUGCAAUUAUUUGGCGCGCCAGUAGUUUCAAUGAAGUCACCGCACUAGGUGUGCUCACGAUCACCGAAACGCUGGACAAAUUUCCGCCGUCGCGUCGGGUACAGUCACGGUGCAAAAACGAACAAGCAACGUCAUCUGGUUAUUUGCUGGUUUGUGGAUCCCCGAUCUUGGCAGUUUAAUUUUCUGCAUAAGGACAUCGACAACCGUAUCACUCAGGAUCCUUCCACAAACGAGAGAGGUGAUAAUAUGCAGUAACCAUGGUAACUCCUUUUGUAGAUGGUUGGGACUUUGUACAGACGUUAGGCGAAGGAGCAUAUGGAGAGGUCAAGUUAGCCGUCAACCGGUCAACUCAGGAGGCAGUAGCGGUCAAGAUUCUACAUCUAGAUAAACAACAAGGAGCAGCUGAUAGUGUUAGGAAAGAGGUAUGCAUUCAUCGAAUGUUAGGAGAUCCGCAUAUCAUCCGUUUCUAUGGUCAUCGUAAAGAGGGCAGCAUCCAGUAUUUGUUCGUGGAGUACGCUAGCGGAGGAGAGCUCUUUGAUAGAAUAGAGCCUGAUGUUGGCAUGCAAGUUACCGAAGCUCAUCGUUUCUUCUCACAACUCAUUGGCGGUGUAGAGUACCUGCAUAAGAAAGGGGUCACGCAUCGCGACCUCAAACCAGAAAACCUGCUCCUAGAUGAACAUGAUAACCUGAAGGUUUCAGACUUUGGGCUAGCGACCGUCUUCCGGCACCAGGGCAAGGAGCGUCUCUUGGGCAAGUGCUGCGGGACGCCGCCUUACGUUGCCCCAGAGGUACUCAAGAGGAAGGAAUACCACGCCGAACCGGCUGACGUUUGGUCUUGUGGGAUUAUACUGGUCGCCAUGCUGGCUGGGGAAUUGCCGUGGGAUGAGCCGACAUACAGCUGUAAGGAGUACUGUGAUUGGUUGGAUAAGAAGAUGCAUCUGUCUCCUUGGAAAAAGAUCGAUACCACACCCCUUGCCCUUCUGAGGAAGAUCCUGACGGAGACUCCGGCCAAGAGGAUUACCAUCUCACAAAUAAAGAAAGAUCGCUGGUACAGGUCAAAAGGUACCAUCGGAAGAGUCCCCACCAGCUCGCCGAAUACAGGCAGUAUGAAGCGAGUGUGUACCGGAAAUGAUCUGUCACCGCUUGCAGCUGGAAACAACAAAGUCUCGUCCUCUCAACCCACCUACCACACCAAUGCCCCAUCUACACCAGGCGAGGGCAGUAUACCGAGCUCAGUGGAGGAACUUGUGAACGCUUUCAGUUUCUCCCAGCCUAUACAUUCAGACAACAUGCUGUUGAGUAGUCAGCUGCAGUGUACUCCAGGAGCUUCACAGACCCCCAUGCAGAGACUCGUGAGACGCAUGACAAGGUUCUUCACAAGCUGCGGCUGUGAGAAAACACUGAAGGUCCUUACAACUACAUUGGAUAAACUCCCCAUCUACUCAUGGAAGAAGAGCUGUCGAAAUCAGGUGACAAUAUCUACUCUAGAUAAGCGUAAGAACCAACUCACUUUCAAGGCCAACCUGCUUGAAAUGGAUCAGAAAGUACUAGUAGACUUCAGACUGUCAAAGGGUGACGGUCUGGAGUUCAAGAAGCACUUCGUGAAGAUCAAGGAUAAGCUUCCACCCAUCAUUGUCAAGGGGCCUCCUCUGAUGCCACUAUGACCUUUAACCUCUACCACACAUCUGGGACUAUCCACUGUAAUCUCACCGAUGCAAAUUUGAACUUCUUCCGUGCCUUGGAUUGCAAAAGGACAAAAGCUAGUCUUGUUUAGGCAAGGCCAAACGAACGAGACCACUCUGAACUUGUAACGAUCCUGUGAUUGCAGCUUUGCGUCCAUCUCUGCUCCUUGUCAGAAACAAACUAGACCUCCACUCGAGCCGUUCUGAACUUGUUCCAACUUUGUGGAUUCAAGAGGACCACCUCUUCCCAAUACAGUGAAAUCUGUAUAUAAAGAUCGUUCAGGGAAACAUGAAACAUAGUCUUUAUUGGCAGUAUAUCAGGAUUCAAUGAAGAACAAUAUUCAAGGAAAACAAACAAAUUGUCUCCUUAAUAGACAGAUAGUCUUUCUAUACAGGUGGUCGCUAUAGCAAAUUUGACUAUCUGGGACCAACUGGUACCAUACCAAUGUCAUUUUUAACUUCCUCAGAAACAAAUUCCAUGGAUUCAUCAAAAUUCUCAAGGAAUGGCUCAGUUCUUGGCAUCAUCAUUCCUUCUUUAAAGUUAUACAUGUAUGUAUGUGCUGAUUAUGAAAAUUUAGUUUUACAGAAGGGUUCCUUGUUAAUUGUUACUUUUGCAAAAAGUUGUAUCUUUUCUGAAAAGAAGAAAUAAGUGUUUGUAAAGUUUGUAUGUUUUUUGUCUCAGUCGUGGUGCUUUGUGACGAAUUGUACGCUUGUUAUUAUGAUUUUUGUCUUUGACCAAGUAUUCCUGUCUGGUUUUAUUUCAUCCAAAAAAACAACAAAAAAUCUCUUGACAGCACCAUAGUCUAGUGAUACAAGAAAGAAUGAUUAUUCAGUAGAUAUCAAGAGACAUUCAUUUUUGAAUGAAAUGAAGGAUAAAUGUCUCACAUGUACACUGUAUGUCAUAUGGGACAUGUUGCGCGGAAUUGCCUUUUUUGUUUGUUUUGUUGUUAUAAAAAUGUGCCAAAAUAUAUAUGUUGCCUUGUUGAAGUUUCCUUAAUCCUAAACAUUACAUUUGAGAUAUAAUCAUGGUUUUCCUAGAUUUUCUCACAAUGUCCGUAUAGAUCAAUGCAAAUAAUGAGGGAAAUACUUUAGAUUAGAUGAUUACUUUAUACCGGUGUAAACCUAGUUAAGAUCAUUUUUUUAGAGACGCACAAUUGGAUUUAAAUUCAGGACUUGCAUGAUGGAUAAGGGACGUUGUAGUCGAUAUGAAUUUAUAUUCCUAUGAUGGUUAAGGACCAGGAGUAAGGAUCAUUCGAGUUACAUGUAUAGAACUGCACUGCUAUUUUGCCAAAAGUGUGUGUUAUUGUAUGCGUAGCAGAU